AUGGAACACUCGAAUUUGGGCAAUAGGAAACGAGUGAGAUCAGCGUCGUUCUGUGCAGAUGACGAGCACUUGAAUACGAGCAAUAUCAACUACGCGUUAUCCUUGGACGCCGAUGAUAGUUUUGAUGCGCAUCCUCAUAACUAUUACUACUACUAUACGCAUGCAAACACAUCAGCAACUAACAGUAAUCAAUCGUCGUUCAACCACUCCUUGUCGUCACCUUCUCUUCUCGUCAACACCCAACGCAAUUAUCGUAAUCGUAACAAUACAUCACCACCCCAUCAUACUACUUUCACCGGUCAUUCUUAUUCGUUUAUAUCUCCAUUAAGGACAUCCGAACAUCCGAAAAUCGGUGGUACCGCCCACAACCGAAAGGGACUGACUGUUCGAUCUGAGAAAGAAUGGAUGAGAAGAAGACUAGAGAAGAGAGUGGAUCUGCUGAACAUGCUGGACGUGGAUGAUUCGCCGUUGCAGCUCGUUGAGCAAAUGUCCUUAUAUAAAGCGCAUUCAUUGUUUUCAUUGUUGGGUGUGAGUCGAGCUUACGUUACUCGGAACGGCGUUCUUGUGGGAGUGAUUUCGUUGAAUGAGUUACGAUUGGGAAUAGCGUUGGCCGAACGUUAUCAGAGUGGCUUGAUAAGCAAUGACCAGAAUUGCGAUAAGCAUCAUUCUGGUGAUGGAAACUGCUUAUCGGGCAUCGUCGUUGUUGAGGAUGGUAUUGAAAGAACAAGUCGACAUGUGACAUCGUUGCACACUCAUAACAAUUAUCAAUCGUCACAAGCAAAAAUAUCGAAAAGUCAAUCGAAAUUAUGCGAUCAGUUAAAUGCAAAAAUCGAGAUGGAAUUUGGAUCGAUAACUCCUUCAGCACGACAGCAACAUGGUAUUUAA